GUUUUGGACGAAUUGUUGACGAUGAUCUCAUUGCCAAGACUUGUACACAGCCACUGUUCAGACUUUCUAGCAACGUUCUCGGAGUGUUUUUGGUGACAUCCGGUGGGCGGUUCGGUCGGAAGUAAAGAUGGGGCUCUUACAAGAGUCGUCGAGGCGCACCAUGGCUAUCAGGCUGACAGUCGUAGUCUACACAAGGCCGACAGACCCGAGUGUGGGCUGAAUCGACCCUCUUUCCUUCACUUCGUCUUAUAUACCUCAUCAUCGCUACUCAGAGCUACUGUGGCUGCCAAUCUUUCUGCAUCCUGCGUCUUCGUCCUUUCCGCAACAGCAUCAGCAUCAGCAUUAGCAUCAGCAUCUUCGUGUCACCCAAUCGCAGCCAAUGUAUAUAUAACGCAACAUGUCUGGUCUCCACCAACGCACCGAACGGCAGCCACGAGCCCUAGCCGGCAUACACUACAACAACCUCAUCAAUGACACAGCGACGUCGUCCGAGGAUGAAGGUCCCGAGAUGCGAGCCAUUGCGCCAGCCGAAGCUCAAUCCCUUGUCGGAGUCAGUCUUGGACGAGCGCAAACGCGUCUCAUCCUCGCUCAGACACCAGCUGCAGAGAAGCAAGCUGCCAUUGACGAACAAGGUGGCUUCUUCGGCGGACCGCAGAUCCAGGACGAUGCGGAUCUGGACGACGACGAUGACAAAGCACCCACUCCACCCCUCGUGGAACAAGAGCGUACAUCGAGACCCGUCACGCGAGAAAGACGCAUGGUAAGAGAGGGGCCGACGACAGAGUACAAGACUUCGGCCCCGGACACAGAUCAGACAACGAUACGACUGCCUUCACCAUGGCGCGCCGGCCCCAAGAAGUUCAAAAAGACGGACGAGAGCCGCUCCAUACUCAAGGACGGUUUCCGUCCACGAGCUUCGUCAGGCGGCCCACCAGGCACAGGCACAGGCUUCAGCGUGGGAACGUCGCUGGAUGGUUGGCGAGAUGCCAUUAAGACCAGCAUCCACAACUUCACCUCGCCCUUUUCCACAAACCACUCCCAAGACACGGAGCGCAACACCCGUCCGCCUAACAGACAGAGGCGUUCCGGCUCCCUGUUUGCUUCUUUGGCUUCGUUGUCAUCUUCUUCGACUACCCACAUCCUGCCAACUCGACCGAGGAGAAACAAUAGCUUUGCUGGCCUCGAGGGCUCAAUCCCUUGUCCGAACUCGACAUUACACAAGACGUCAUCGAAAGACCUGACUCCUACAAACUCAAAGACCGAGCCAGCUCCCCGUCGUCUGCAACAUCCUCAGACCAUGCCAAUACAGAGGGAUCCACCUUCCAACGAGUCUGCCUCUUAUGAUGAGGACCCUAUCUUUGUUCCUAUCCGCCCAGCUACCUCGAAGACUGCGACCAUUCGACCAGAAAAUGCUCUAAGCUCCAUGAGCAGGGUCAAUAGCGGUAGGAGCCACCGGAGUUUGCGACGUUCCGCCUCGGAAUCCUCCCUCACCACCUUCCGCACUCUCUCGCGAGUUCCCUCACUCGGCGAUGACAGUCGCUUCGAACACGUUCAAGCGCAGGUCAACAGCAGAAUGAAGGCUAUAAGAGACAGCUGGCAAGAUACUAACAUUAGACUGCCACUUCUGCCAUCCUUUUCUUCUCUCACCGAUCUGUCUCUCAACCGUGCAAACUCCUUUUCAAAAAAGAACCAAACAUCAACUCCUACGUCUUCGACUAGUGCACUGCCCUCAUCCAACGCAAGACAGAGCGGCCAACUGCCCAGAGCAUCUACCGCCCCGCAAGCAAACAAGACUACCCAACAGCAUCCUCAUUUCUCCAAAGCGCUUGAUGAUUUGACCGGUGAUGUAGUUGUGCUUGGAGGCUAUCGUGGUUCUAUAUUAAGAUCUGCCGAGCCGCCUCACAGACAGCUUUGGGCUCCCAUCAAAGUCGGCUUGAAUGUCAGAAAGGUAGAUCUCGAAGUCGGUCUGGAUGCCGAUGCAGACGAAAGAGCGCAUGAGAAGAUUAUCCCUGGGGGCAUGCUUACCCACAUUGGUCCCGUUGACAUUUCUAGACGACUGUUCAAGCGUAUGCGCGCCUGCGAGAAUGCUAGAAGUGGGAAGUUGCGCGUGCAUGAUUAUGGCUAUGAUUGGCGAUUGGACCCGCUAUUCUUGAGUAAGCAGCUUGUUGAGUUCUUAGAGAAGUUGCCUUGCAACAGACCCGGUACGCCCAAAGAGAAGCGUGGUGCAACUGUUAUUGCGCACUCGCUGGGCGGCCUCAUCACCAGACAUGCGGUGAACCAGCGCCCAGAGCUUUUCGCAGGAGUGGUGUAUGCUGGCGUACCUAGGACUUGCGUCAACAUUCUCGGUCCCUUCCGCAACGGCGAUGAUGUGUUGCUCAGCAGUCGUGUUUUGACCGCUCAGGUAAACUUCACUAUCCGAACCAGUUUUGCUCUCCUCCCGCUGGAUGGCCGUUGUUUCUUCAAUAAGGAGACGAAGGAAGAAUAUCCUGUCGAUUUCUUUGACCCUCAGACAUGGAUCGACUGGCGACUCUCACCCUGCAUUGCUCGUCCUUUGCCUUCUCUAAAUGAACCUCCUCAACCUACUGGCUUGGCAGGUGUUAUGAACAGCAUGGCUGGCGUCAUGAACAGUAUGGUGCCAGGCCGCAAAAACAGCAUUUCUCGUGCCAAGCAAGCACUCCAACACCCUGCCGCGCACGCCAUAGACGGUCUUGCUAAUCCACCUGAAAUGGAUGCUUCAGCCUCUGCUGGCAGUAGCGCUAAUGCAGAGGCAAAGGGAAAUAUCGACUACAACGGUACUGAUAACCUGCCCUCUGCACAACAAACAGAUGGCGGCACCACAACUACAAGACAACUUGCCCCUAACAAUGACACUGAUGGCAACGACACCAACACGUCCAUCGCCACAACUGUCACAAUCCCCCGCGAAGAAGCUUUAGCCUACCUUACACGCACCCUCGCCCGCGUCAAAUGUUUCAAAACCGAACUAUUCCACCACCCCCCUCAUACCGCCUCGAACGCAUACCCACCCAUGAGCGUCAUCUACGGUAAAACAACACCCACAGUCUACGGCGCAAAAGUCGUGAGCAGAGAAGCCAUUAAACACGCUUCUGCCUACGACAACCUCGCUUUCGCAUCGGGAGAUGGCGUUGUGCUUGCGAAAGCUGCCAUGUUGCCAGAAGGGUAUAAAGUUGCCAGGGGUGGGCUUGUGAGUUCGGAGAGGGGGCAUGUUACAUUGUUGGGGGAUUUGGAAGCGGUGGGGAGGUGUUUGAGAGCUGUGGGGGCGGCCAGGAGGAAAGGUGUGGGUAUGGGUGGUGAGGGCGUGUAGAUGAAGAUGACCUAGAAAUGUAGACAUCAGUCGUGAGCUUUCUCUGUAAGAAUAUGGCUCCUUUGACAAUGGUAUAAAUAAUAUCCAUUUCAUCUGAAUUCUUAACUCUGUAAAAGUUAGUACUUUGUCUUGGUGGGUUUCAUUCGUCUCGUCCUUGUUAAAUUGUCAUGACAUCGGUCGUGAAGUUGCGAAGCAUGUAGAUAGAAAACCAAUGAAGGAGCAUUUGCUUAGGGAAGA